GGAAAGUGCUUACGGCAAGGCACUUCAUAUUUCUGCUCACAAACCGUUUCAAACCAAGAGCUGCAAUUUUGGUGAAAAAUGUGAUUCCAAUAUGGCGGUAGCGCAGGGUGUCGCAAUUUGAUUGGCUAAGCCAAAAUCAUAACCCUACGCAUGCGUAUUAGAAACCUCAGAAAUUGCUUCCGGUGUCAACAAAAUUUUCAGAAAGUAAAAAUCACUGCGGUUGUUUUCAACAUUUUGCCAAGAUGUAGCGUAAAAUGGGAAUCAAAAGGCAAAUAUGGGGAAGCUAAAAUGCUUCGAGAUCAUCUUUGAUGAAAAUAGGACCGUUUAUCAUCCAGGGGAACUAGUAAAAGGACAAUGUAUCGUGGAAUUAAAAGGAGACAUGAAAAUGAGGGCCCUGCGCAUUUUUAUGCGGGGAGUUGCAAAGGUUCACUGGACCGAAUCGAGAAGUACGGGUACUCGGCUUGGAAAUUAUACCGAACAUUACAAUGCAGAAGUUGAAUAUUUCCUAAAGAAACAAGUUUUAUAUGGAGGAGAGCAAUCUGAUGUCAGAGAGGUGCUUUUAGAAGGAAGGAGGCAUGAAUUCUCUUUCUCAUUUGAACUGCCCAUUGAAGGUAUAUCCACAUCAUUUGAGGGUAAACAUGGCAGUGUUAGAUACUGGCUGAAGGCAGAGAUGGACAAACCAUGGUCUUUCAACCAUAAAACCAAGAAGGCAUUCACAGUCAUCAGCCCCAUUGACAUUAACAAACCAGAGUAUCAGCUUCCAGUAGAAAACAGUGUUGAGAAGACAUUAUGUUGCUGGCUAUGUACCUCAGGUCCAAUAUGUAUCAAUGCAAGAACAGACAGGAGGGGCUACUGCCCAGGUGAAUCUAUUGCUAUAUCUGCUGACUUUGAGAACUACUCAUCGAGGACGAUAAUCCCAUACGCAACAUUGCACCAGACUCAGACGUUCUUUGCCAAUGGCAAGUCAAGAGUAAGAAGUACAAAGUUUACUGUACUUACUGGGCUACCUGUGUCACCCGGGAACCGAGCCACGUGGGAUGCUCAGCUGUUGAAGAUACCAGCAGUGUCGCCCUCUAUUAUGAACUGCCAUGUGAUCAAAGUGGACUAUUAUGUCAAGGUAGCCUUACACAUACCUGGUGCCUACAACCUUGCUCUUCAUCUCCCAAUCGUCAUAGGAACAGUGCCAUUCCGUCGCUUAGCAACCUACUUAACAGACACUCGGAUGCUACAAGAGGCACUAUUUGCUAGCAAUCUUGUUGUGCCAUCUCCCCCGCCUUACAGAGAAUCCCCCACUCCCCCUCCCCCUAUUGACUUCCAAAUUGAUGGGCCUCCAACCUAUGCUGAGACUAUCUCAGGGGCCGUGAACCUGUAUGAUGACGAUGAUGAUGAGGACCAUAGAGGUGCCAUGGGAGAGCUGACUUUCACCCCAAUGUACACAUAUGUUUAUGAUUAUAGAUACAGAGCACCUCCUGCAUAUACAGAGAUGGACCCCCAUCCAAGGGCCAGAAGUGCAAGCAGUCGAUUAUGACAUCA